AUGAUGAUGAAGAAGAAGAAAACCUUGUGCAGCGUACUUCUCUUUGUUCUGCUAGUCUUCCAUGGUAGUGCUUACAGUCCUUCCAGCUUUGCUAAGACCAGGGGAACUCAUUUCGUUAUUGACGAUCGGCCGUUCUAUUCGAACGGGUUCAAUUCGUACUGGCUCAUGUACACGGCUGCGGAUCCGGCCGAGAAGGACAAGGUGUCUUCUGCUCUUGAGCAGGCCUCUACUCUCGGGUUAAGAGUGAUCAGGACUUGGGCUUUCAGUGAUGGAGGAUAUAGACCCUUGCAGUACUCCCCUGGUGUAUACAAUGAGAAUAUGUUUAAGGCCUUGGACUUUGUGAUCUCUGAAGCCAAGAAGUAUGGUGUGCAUCUGAUACUGAGCUUGGUCAACAACUGGGAGGGCUUCGGAGGGAAGAAGAAGUAUGUGCAAUGGGCAAGAGACAAGGGUCAGUCCUUAGGGUCUGAAGAUGACUUCUUCAGGAACGAAGUUGUGAAGCAAUUCUACAAGAACCAUGUCAACACUGUUCUCGCCAGGGUUAACACUAUCACGGGAGUAGCGUACAAGGAUGAUCCCACCGUUUUCGCAUGGGAGCUCAUGAACGAGCCGCGAUGCCAAAGCGACCUCUCAGGAAGAACUCUCCAAUCCUGGAUCACGGAGAUGGCUGCUCACGUGAAGUCUACAGAUAGAAACCACAUGGUGGAGGUUGGCAUGGAGGGUUUCUACGGCGAAUCGAUGCCUGAGAGGAAGAAAUACAACCCCGGCUACGAAGUCGGUACUGAUUUCAUCGCUAACAACCGGGUUCCGGGGAUCGACUUCGCCACCAUUCAUGCAUACCCUGAUCAAUGGGUUCCAGGAUCGAACGACGACGGUCAACUGGCCUUCCUCCGGAGCUGGAUCCAGUCUCACAUUCAAGACGCAGGUUCAAUUCUUGGGAAGCCGCUCAUGGUGACAGAAUUCGGCAAGUCGUCGAGGCAAGCAGGGUACACCGUGAGCAAAAGGGACGCCUUCUACGCCACCAUUUACGAUGCAAUAUAUGCAUCAGCCAAGGCUGGAGGCCCUUGCGCAGGUGGUCUGUUCUGGCAGAUGUUAGCCCAAGGAAUGGAUAGCUUCAGAGAUGGCUACGAGAUCAUAUUCGCUGAAAGCCCCUCGACGACGAGCAUCAUCUCUCGACAGUCCCACAGGAUAUCAAGUCUUGGCGUUCCCAAGGCACUGGAAGAAGCUGCAGAGAUGGAGAACAAGGAACCCUAG